CUCCUUUAAAAAAAAAUUUUAACCCCCCGUUUUCCUCUCCCUCACACAAACAACACCUUUUUUCAAUAGCUUCAUUUCCACCACUGCAACAAUGCCACAUUUCUCUAAUUCUGUCAAGCUUAAGUAUGUCAAGCUUGGCUACCAAUAUCUCGUCAAUCAUAUUCUUACACUUACUCUUAUACCUGUCAUGGCUGGUGUUCUUAUUGAGGUUCUUCGUUUAGGCCCUGCUGAGAUUGUUAAUCUCUGGAAUUCCCUUCAUUUUGAUCUUGUUCAAAUCUUGUGCUCUUGUUUCUUUAUUAUCUUUGUAGCCACUGUUUACUUCAUGUCUAAGCCUAGAAGCAUUUACCUUGUGGAUUAUGCAUGCUACAAACCUCCUGUCACUUGUCGUGUUCCUUUUGCUACUUUCAUGGAGCACUCGAGGCUGAACUUGAGCAACAACCCUAAGAGCGUUGAGUUUCAGAUGAGGAUUCUAGAAAGGUCUGGUCUUGGUGAAGAGACUUGUUUACCUCCUGCUAUUCAUUAUAUUCCUCCAACUCCAACCAUGGAGGCUGCUAGAGGCGAGGCUGAGAUUGUUAUCUUCUCAGCUAUGGAUUCUUUGUUCAAGAAAACGGGGUUAAAACCUAAAGACAUUGAUAUUCUUAUUGUCAACUGCAGUCUGUUUUCUCCUACGCCAUCUUUGUCUGCUAUGGUGAUCAACAAAUAUAAGCUGAGGAGUAAUAUAAAGAGCUUUAAUCUUUCAGGAAUGGGGUGCAGUGCGGGGCUUAUCUCCAUUGAUUUAGCUCGAGAUCUUCUCCAAGUACACCCUAAUUCUAAUGCAGUUGUUGUCAGCACUGAGAUCAUCACUCCAAACUACUACCAAGGAAAAGAAAGAGCCAUGCUCCUUCCCAACUGUCUUUUCCGCAUGGGUGGCGCCGCAAUCCUCUUGUCGAACCGUCGUUCCGAGAGGAGGCGUGCCAAGUAUCGUCUUGUGCAUGUUGUUCGAACCCAUAAAGGUGCAGAUGAUAAAGCCUAUCGAUGCGUGUUCGAAGAAGAAGACAAAGAAGGCAAUGUUGGGAUAUCUUUAUCUAAAGAUCUCAUGGCUAUUGCUGGAGAGGCUUUAAAAUCUAACAUUACCACUAUUGGUCCUUUAGUUCUUCCAGCAUCUGAGCAACUCCUAUUUCUCCUCACACUCAUUGGGCGUAAAAUCUUUAAUCCCAAGUGGAAGCCAUAUAUUCCAGACUUCAAGCAAGCGUUUGAACACUUCUGUAUCCAUGCUGGUGGACGAGCAGUCAUAGAUGAACUGCAAAAGAACCUGCAACUUUCAGCAGAGCACGUAGAGGCAUCAAGGAUGACAUUGCAUAGGUUUGGAAACACAUCGUCUUCAUCGCUGUGGUACGAGAUGAGCUACAUUGAGGCAAAGGGGAGGAUGAAAAAAGGGGACAGGGUUUGGCAAAUAGCUUUCGGAAGUGGAUUCAAGUGUAACAGUGCAGUAUGGAAGUGCAACAGAACCAUCAAAACACCAAAAGAUGGACCAUGGGCGGAUUGCAUUCAUAGGUACCCAGUUCAUAUCCCUGAAGUUGUCAAGCUCUAGGCUAAAAGCAACAAACAAAUAUGGUUGAUUCAUGGCUUUGUCAAACUCAGAUCCUUCUGGAUCUCUGCAUUUAUUUAUAUUUCUCCUGUUAACUUUUUCUCUACUCAUUUUGUUUCUGUCAUACUGUAUCCUUUUUCCAUUUUCUUUUCAAAAUCAUGAGUUUGCAUAGGUACCCGAUAUGGUGCUCUUUGUAUUUGUUAAUUAAUGUACACCCUGCAGGGGAAAAUAACAAGUGUGGAAAAACAACAGGUUGAAUUAGCCAUUGCAAUAAAACCUGAAAUAUUAAUAAAGAAAAUGCUAUACAAGUUGUGAUUGUA